CCUCGAGGGAUACUCUUCCCUCCCAAUUCAGUGCUCAUCUUCCCCCCUCUGAUUCUGAUCUACAAUAACGGGUCCGAACUCCAAACCCUCACUCACUCACUCACCCGCUUCACAAACUCCACCCACAAACAAACCCCAAUCACUCCACCAACAUCUCCACUUCAACUUCCCUUCACACCACCAAUUCACCCCCAAACCCUAACCUAGGGUUUCAAAUCUCUAAACCAUGCCAUCCAUGGCUUCACAGGGCAAAAUCCACCAAAUCGAACUCGAGAACUUCAAAUCCUAUAAAGGUCACCAAAUCAUCGGUCCAUUUUACGACUUCACCGCCAUUAUUGGCCCCAACGGUUCCGGAAAAUCUAACCUAAUGGACGCUAUUAGCUUUGUUCUCGGUGUUCGGACCGGUCAACUCAGAGGCGGUCAGUUGAAGGACCUGAUUUACGCUUUUGAUGACCGUGAGAAGGAGCAGAGAGGCCGUAGGGCUUAUGUUAAGUUGGUUUAUCGGCUUGAGAACGGUUCGGAGUUGUUGUUUACUCGUACGAUUACGAGUGCUGGUGGAAGUGAGUACCGUGUUGAUGAUAGGGUUGUGAAUUGGGAUGAGUAUAGUAACAGGUUGAAGUCGCUUGGGAUUCUUGUUAAGGCCAGGAAUUUUCUCGUUUUUCAGGGUGACGUGGAGUCUGUUGCAUCUAAAAACCCUAGAGAACUCACCGUGCUUCUUGAGCAAAUAUCUGGGUCUGAUGAAGAUAAGAGAUUGUACGAAGAAUUGGAAGAAAAAAAAGGAGCAGCUGAGGAAAAAGCCACGCUUGCUUAUCAGAAAAAGAAGACCAUUGUCAUGGAGAGAAAGCAGAAAAAGGAGCAGAAAGAAGAAGCAGAGAGGCAUAUGCGCCUGCAAGAGGAGUUGAAAGCAAAAAAGAAGGAACACUUUUUGUGGCAGUUGUUUAAUAUAGAAAAUGAUGUUGAGAAGGCGAAUGAAGAGAUUGAAGCUGAACAGAGAAGUCUUCAGGAAAUUAUUAGUGAAUUGGAUGGUUACGAGAAUGAAUCACGCAAAAAAGAGAAGGAGCUAGCCAAAUAUAAAAAAGAAAUCGAUAAACGUGAAAAGAAGAUCACAGAGAAGAAAAGUAAAAUUGAUAAAAAUCAACCAGAGCUUCUGAAACUGAAGGAGGAGAAAACGCGUUUAAAUGCAAAACUUAAAAACACUGGGAAAGAGCUUGACAAAAGAAGAGAAGAGAAGAAGAAGCACAUGGUUGAAAUAAAAAAACUUGAGAAUGACUUAGCGGACCUUACAAAGCAACUUGAUGACUUACAGACAAAAGGUAAAUCUGAAGGGGGGAAGCUUCACUUAGCCGAUGAUCAGUUAAAAGCAUAUAACGGCAUUAAAGAAGAAGCUGGUAUGAAGACUACGAAGUUAAAGGAUGAGAAAGAGGUUCACGACAGGGAACAGCUUGCUGACGUGGAAGCUCAAAAGAAUCUGGAAGAGAAUCUCCAGCAGCUGGAGAGCAGGAAACAAGAACUUGAGUCGCAACAAAAACAAAUGCAAAGUAGACUCAAGAAGAUCAUCGAGGCCGUUGGAAAACAUAACGAAGAGCUCAAGCGCCUCAGAAGAGAACAGAACGACACGAGGAAGAAACUUGGAGACUCAAAAGAAAAAUAUGAGAUGUUGAGGGCGAAGAUAAGUGAAUUAGAGAAUCAGUUACGUGAAUUGAAGGCCGAUAAACUUGAAAACGAUAGGGAUGCAAAGCUGUCACAGGCAGUUGAGGCUCUCAGACGUCUUUUUCCAGGUGUUCAUGGUCGUAUGACUGAGCUUUGCAGGCCAACACAGAAGAAAUAUAAUCUUGCUGUUACUGUUGCUAUGGGCAGAUUCAUGGAUGCUAUUGUUGUUGAUAAUGAGCAGACAGGAAAAGAAUGUAUCAAGUAUCUGAAAGACCAAAGGCUUCCUCCUUUGACAUUUAUACCCCUUCACUCAGUCAGAGUGAAGCCAGUCAUUGAGAAGCUGCGUACUUUAGGAGGAACGGCAAAGCUUAUAUUUGAUGUGAUCCAGUUUGACCCGAUAUUGGAUAAGGCUAUCUUAUUUGCUGUUGGCAAUACUCUAGUCUGUGAUGAUCUUGACGAGGCUAAGCAUCUGAGCUGGACCGGAGAGAGAUUUAAAGUUGUGACGGUUGAUGGAAUUUUAUUGACUAAGGCUGGUACCAUGACUGGUGGUACAAGUGGAGGAAUGGAGGCAAGGUCACAUAAAUGGGAUGAUAAGAAGAUAGAAGGUUUAAAAAAGAAAAAAGAAGGGCUUGAGGCAGAAUUGCAAGAGCUCGGGUCAAUAAGAGAGCUGCAGUUAAAGGAGUCUGAAGCAUCCGGGAAGAUUAGCGGGCUUGAGAAAAAGAUUCAGUAUGCAGAGAUUGAGAAGAAAAAUAUGGAGGAGAAACUUUCGAAACUGGCGAUGGAAUACAGUGCCAUAAAAAACGAAAUUGGUUAUAUUGAACCUCAAUUACUUACGAUAAAAGAUAAUGUAAUGUCAAGAGAACGUAAAAUAUUAUCACUGGAGAAAAGGAUCAACGAAAUCAUUGACAAGAUUUACAAGAGAUUCAGCGAGUCUGUGGGAGUGGAUAAUAUUCGUGAGUAUGAAGAAAACCUGCUUGCAGCUGCCCAAGAGUUGGCUGAUGAAAGACUUAGCUUGAGUAAUCAGAUGUCUAAGUUGAAAUACCAGCUGGAAUAUGAGAAAAAGAGGGACAUGGGAGCUCGUAUUGCUAAGCUGGAAUCAUCACAGAUUGAACUGAAAAACGCUUUGGCUGAAGUUGAUGAGAGAGAAAAAGAACUUAAAUCGACUAUAGAAACAGCUACGGAGGAGAUUGAUACAAUGAGGGAAGAAGUACAAGAGUGGAAGUCACAGUUAGAAGCGUGUGAAAAGGAGAUAAAAGAAUGGAAAUUAAAGAUCUCUGCUGCUACAACAAACAUAACCAAACACAAAAACAAGAUUGAUACUAAGGAGAAUCUAAUCACACAAUUAAAUUCAAAGAAGCAAGAUAUUCUGGAGAAGUGUGAACUAGAACAAAUCAGCCUUCCAACUGUAGCUGAUGCGAUGGAUGUCGAUUCAGCAUCAGGUCCAGUGUAUGAUUUCGAUCAACUGAAUAGAUCACUUAGGCAUAACAUGCGACCUGCUGAAAAGGAAAAACUCGAGGCGGAGUUUAAACAGAAAAUCGGAAGCUUAAUUUCGGAAAUUGACAGAACUGCCCCCAACUUAAAAGCUCUAGAUCAGUAUGCUGCUUUACAGGAGAAAGAGAGAGAAGCAAGCAAAGAGUUUGAAGAGGCUAGGGAAGAAGAGAAUCAAAUACGUAAACAGUUUGAAGCUGUGAGGGCUAGAAGGCUGACAUGUUUCAUGGAUGCAUUCAAUCAUAUCUCCGGUAAUAUCGACAAAAUCUACAAGGAACUCACGACAAGCCAAACACAUCCACUCGGUGGGACUGCAUAUUUAAACUUGGAAAACAUUGAUGAACCGUUUUUACAUGGAAUCAAGUACUCUACUAUGCCCCCUACAAAGCGUUUUCGUGAUAUGGAACUUUUAUCGGGAGGGGAGAAAACCGUUGCAGCCCUUGCUUUACUUUUCUCCAUCCACAGUUACAAGCCGUCUCCGUUUUUUAUACUGGAUGAGGUGGAUGCAGCGCUGGACAACCUUAAUGUUGCUAAGGUUGCUAGGUUUAUUAGAUCGAAAUCAUGCGGUGGUGGUGGUCAGGAUGUUCUAGAAGGAAAUGCUUUUCAGAGUAUUGUGAUUUCACUCAAGGAUACCUUUUAUGACAAGGCUGAAGCGCUGGUUGGGGUUUACAGGGACUCUGAAAAAAGCUGUUCAAGAACUUUGACAUUUGACCUAAAUCAGUUUCGGGAGGCUUGACUCGGCAGCUUUGAAGACAGGGUUUGGGUGCUUGAAGGUUCAAAGUAUUUGGUUAACUUCUUUAGUAUGUAUAUGGAAGUACAUAAGCCUGACUUAUCUCUAGAUAAAAUAUGCAACAAUAGAUUUAGUCAAAGGUUUGUGUGCAUGAUUUACUAUUUUUCGUGUUAAUUUCUGCUGUUAGUUGACUUUAAACGAAACAAUUAAUCUGUUGUGGUUGACUUUAAACGAGACAGACAGUUAAUCUGUUGUGACUUGUGGUUGAAAUUUUGUUUAUCUAUGCGAUUUGCGAAA